CACGGACACUAUUCAACCUGCAUACCGCACACAUACACCAACCUGCAACGCUAUGCAGGUCCCCCUGUCACCCAAAGCCUUCAUAUCCAGAUGUCCCUCUAACCUUGGCAAGAAAUCCUCUGCAUCCGCUACUGCAACGCCGGGUGUGACGACUCCUGCGCACCGACGUCUUUCCCCUCCCCUCCAAAGGCAUUGCCCACAGGAUGCCACCCUAGAUCGACAGGGUUGAUGUCGACUGCGCACUGGUGCGAAAUCGCCCAAUGGUCACUUCUACUGAGGCCUGCAGUUCUUCGCAUCCGCGCCUCAACUUGAGCCUCGUUAUCGCCGUUAGGGAAUGCCACAGGUCACGACCGUCCUCGUGCUGUUCCAAUCGAAUUGCUCUAUCCAGUCUGCAACCGAGACUUAAAUAUUCAACGCCAACCCCGCAGCGUCUCUCAAUUUGAGGGCAGCAGCCAGAGACCCGGCGCCGGCUUUCAGAGGGUGACUUGGGGACGACCGUUGUUAAACAGCAUACCGCAGGCCCCUGGACCUCAAUGGUUAGGGUUUUGAUACCCGGACUCCUGCGAUCAUGUUUGGAGUAAGUUGGGCUUCCGUCGGUGCCGGAGGAGAUGGCCUUCUUGACAGAGAACGGAAUCCGCCGCCAAAGCCUAUUCCGCUGGAGUUCCCGAGCUAUGUCCCUUCACGUUGUAACAGCCCACUGACCCGGCAACACAUCAAGAAUGUCUGUAGAGAGCUCGCUUCGAUUCGCAAACUACCCGACAUACGCGACUCUCAUCUUGCCCAUCUCAACAUCCAACUGCUCCAAGAUGUCCCACUUGCGGAGAUGGUGCCCAACAAGCAAUUCGAGUCACGUCCUCUCCUGUACGACAAUGAUCUGACAGCUAUGCUUGAGGAACUGGAGGUCGGUAAUGAAGAUGCCUAUCGAGAAGUCCUCAGACUGGCACCUCUUGAAGGGAGGAAGAAACCCCGUCUGGCAUACUCAAGAAACUUUUUUGCCAGUCUGGAGGACAUGAGUCGGUACUGGGACUAUAGCAAAGAUAAUUACUACGAGGUUGAAUCUAGUGUCGCGGAAGACCCCGUCCAGGGCACCGAGCACAAGAUUGAUGAUGUCGGGAAUUCGCUCAGUAACACACUUGAUGUUGAGAUGCAGGAUUCCGUCGAGAAUUCUCUAAACCCAGAGCAAGAGCUUGGGCAAGUGGCGAAUCAGAGCCAUUCCUCUGCCAGUCCGGUGCCUAUGGCCACCGUCGAGAUCCCUAGCCGCCCAAAGAUGAAAGAGGUAUACAAGGGACAACGGCUUGGUAACGGCGAGCAGAUGAGCCCCGGUACCCGAGUUUCGGCAGUGAGGAACCUUUUGAAAAUGGCUGUUCACAAGUUUAACUGCCGGGAUUACGACGUGAGCCCGAGAGACAAGUUGAGGAUUAACAACAUCAAUAUCCCCGCGGUAUCCUAUAAUUUUUGCGUUGCAAAAUUGCCGGCUGAUACGAAGCUAUUGAGGGCAAGGAUGGUGGAAGGACCGGUGAUGGCAGUUCACUGCAGGCACGAGGUAAGGUUCAAGUCGAGGGACGGGCUUCUGAGUCCGACGAGUGAUUUUGUGGGCGAGAAGUUUGAUCUGUUCCGCGAAAUUGGCGGUAUGUUGAUGCUCGCAAAGCAAAGAGCCAGAGAAUCCCAGACACUAUCCAAAGAACCGGGCGAGCACCAGUGGUGGGCGAUUAAGAGCCGAUGGGGUGGCGGCGAGACGAGAUGGGGGCAGCUUGCCAGCGAAGUAUUUGAGGAUGAAGAUCCAAGCUGGAGCCCGGACGAAAGGCGCUUGCAACUUGGAAAGCGGGAGAAAGAGGAAGAGGAACGAAGGAAUGCAGAGGCAGCCACUGCGGCUGACUUGAAAAAUCUCAAACCAGAAGAUCUAAUCGCUGGUCCGUCCUCGCCGAGCGAGAGGCCGAAAAAGAAGAAGAAAAGUGGUGAAGCGGGUGGGUCGCCGAAAGACAAGGUUGAGUAUAAAGACGGGAGGCGACUGAUGUAUGUCCCGCCCUUGCGGCGGAAGUGGUACCAAGAGUGGAUGAAGGUCCGCCCAAAUGGCCCUUGGUGGGAUGAGAAGUUGAUCUAUCGGAGUAUCGGUAAGCAAAGUCGAAAUGAAGGGCCGGUGGGCUGGGACGACAUCUUCAUGAUAUCAGCCGCAAACCAUCACGCCUGCAUUUUGAAGAUGAGCGUGCAUGAGAACUACCUGGACUGGCUGGAGACUGGCGGCGAGGGAAGACCACCGUCCGAGUCGCAGGAGACUGCAACCAAGGAGGACGUGGAUCAGCAGCAAGAACAUAUCCUCUACGUCAGCAGGAGCCCGUGGCUGGAUCUGUUUGAGGUCGAGCAAAGAAAGGAAUUGCUUGUCGGAAUCUGGAGGAUCCUGAGCUGGAUCAACCGACAGGAGGUGCCACGUGAAGAGAUCGAGAAGAUGGAAAGGCUUAAGGGGCCACAGCAACAACCAGGGGAAGAUCACAGCGGCGACCACCAGAUGGAGAUCUGAUUUCGCAGAGAUGAAUGGGAGAGAUGUCUAGAAGGCUAGCAUUGACCAGGUCAGAGGACCGGGAACUAGGCCGACGGUGUCCAGCAGUGGAUAGAGAGUUCAUUCCAAUCUUUCUAUGAUAUUAUCAUUGUGGUGAG